GUUAGAUACGGCAAGCCUCACCUAUCAACCGUUCAGCCCAGCCUUACUCUGUAUAGGACAAUGUGACUCUCCCCACUGCAUUCUUCCCCGGUGUGAGAGAAAAUAAUUUAAUUUCUCUCGUCUGCUGUCAGCGAUGGCGUCUGCUGAUCUGAGAGCUGAGCUGGAAUGUUCCAUCUGUCUGAACAUUUAUACAGAUCCUGUAACCCUGAAAUGUGGACACAACUUCUGCCUGGAAUGUAUUGAUAGUGUGGUGGAUACAUCGGAGGGUUCUGGAGGAUAUUCCUGUCCUGAAUGUAGAGAGAAGUUUCAGGAUCGUCCUGCACUGCACAGGAACAGAACACUACGUAACAUAGUGGAAAGGCUCCUGUCUGCUCAGCCAGAUCAGGCAGAGUCUGAGGUCUUCUGUACUCACUGUGUGGACUCUCCUGUACCUGCUGUUAGAUCCUGUCUACACUGUGAUGUUUCUCUGUGUUAUAAACACCUGAGAGUCCACAAAAAGUCCCCAGAACACAUCUUAUGUGAGCCCACCUUUUCUAUGGAGAGCAGGAAAUGCUCCGUCCAUAAGAAGAUCCUGGCAUAUUACUGCACUGAGGAUGACACCUGUAUCUGUGUGACCUGCACUUUGGAUGGAGAACAUCGAGGACACCAGGCGGAGAUGUUGCAUAAGGCUUCUGAGAAGAAGAAGGAUAAACUAAGGAAUUUUCUGCAGAAACUUCUGAUAAAGAGAGAGGAGACAGAGGAAAGAGUCCAGAGUCUGCGGGAACACAGGAGGGAAGUAGAAGAAAAAGCAGCUGGUGACAUCGAGAGAGUCACUGUCCUGUUUAGAGAUCUCAGGAGAUGGCAGGAAGACCUGGAGAAGAGAGUCCUGAGGGAGAUAACCGGGCCAGCAGAGCGGAUCUCCAUCUCCAUCCGGGAUCUGGAAAUAAAGAAGGAGGAGCUGUCCAGGAAGAUACAUCACAUUGAGGAGCUGUGUAACAUGACGGAUCCACUGUGUGAUACUGAGGAUGGAGAUAAUGAGAACAGAGAGAGACAUGAGAAGCUCCUCCAUGAUGGAGGGGGUCUGGAUGUGGCUGGGAUAUCACACAAAUUACACACGUUAUCUGAUAUAAUAGGAGGGGUAGAUGUAUACUUCUAUAUACAGGGAGCUGCAGACAUAUUAUUGGAUGUAAAAACGGCUAAUAAUGAUCUCCAUAUAUCAGAUGACAGGAAAACUGUAUUCUGGUCAAAUAGAAACCAGAAUCGUCCAGAAACACCAAAGAGGUUUCAACGUUAUCCUCAGGUGUUGAGCAGUCAGAGUUUCUCCUCAGGGAGACAUUACUGGGAAGUGAAUGUCGGGGGAUCAGUGAGCUGGAGAGUCGGGAUGUGUCACCCCAGUAUAAACAGGAGAGGAGGGCAGUCACUGAUUGGAUAUAAUAAAAAAUCCCAUGGUUUAUUCAGAAAUGGUAAUCAGUAUUCAGUGGUACAUAACAUUAAACAAAUCCCCUUAAGCACCAAUAUCUCCAGUAACAGAGUCAGGAUAGAUCUGGAUUAUGAGGCCGGGCGGAUCUCCUUUUAUGAUCUGUGUGACCCGAUCCGACACCUUCACACCUUCACCACCACCUUCACUGAGCCCCUCUGUGUUGCGUUAGGUGUAUGGAAAGGUGGAUGUGAGAAAUCUGACUGGUGA